GAGCGCCUUCGGCUACCUCCGGCGCGGUGGGCUGCCGAAAGGAGGGUUGAGUGCACGGUGCGGUCCUCGGCGGUAUGGGGCUACUCUUGCGAGCUCUCCGCGCGGCCCGAAGUUGCCGGGCAAUCGCAUUGCCUGCCUUCAACUACGAAGAGGUGUCCGGCAGGGGCGGCGCGGCGGCAGUACGUCCGCAGCAGCCGCGGCGUGGGCUGAGCGCCCGGCCUCGCUUAGACGAACUGUUUGCUAUCCCUUCCUUAAGCCGCCUCCUGAAGGCGCGGGUGCAGGGCGAGGCCAGGCCGGAGCUGGCGGCGCGGAUCCAGCGGCUGCGUGACAAGGAACGGGAGCUGCAAGACACGCGGGAGCUGGCACUACAAGAUGAGAGUGAAGAUCUGCGGAAGCUUGCAGAAAGGGAAAUCGUUUCCUGUGAAGAAGAGAUAGCUGAACUGAAACACCAGAUAGUAUUGCUUUUGAUUCCUUCAGAAGAAACAGACAACAGUGAUCUUGUCAUGGAAGUAACUGCUGGAGUUGGAGGACAGGAAGCGAUGCUGUUCACUUCAGAGAUAUUUGAUAUGUAUCGACGAUACGCUGCCUAUAAGAAGUGGAAAUUUGAAAUAUUAGAAUAUUUUCCCAGUGAAAUAGGUGGCCUAAGACAUGCGGUUGCCAGUAUAGCCGGCCUUGAUGCUUACAAGUACAUGAAAUUUGAAGGAGGCGUGCAUCGUGUUCAGCGGGUGCCAAAGACAGAAAAACAAGGGCGCAUUCACACCAGCACAAUGACUGUUGCAAUAUUACCCCAACCCACUGAGAUGGAGCUGAAAAUUAAUCCAAAAGAUUUGCGAAUAGAAACGAAGAGAGCUAGUGGAGCUGGAGGGCAGCAUGUCAAUACCACAGACAGUGCUGUACGGAUAGUUCAUAUUCCAACAGGGGUCACAUCUGAAUGUCAGCAAGAAAGAUCUCAAAUUAGAAACAAAGAGAAGGCUAUGCAAAUGCUUUGUGCUAAACUGUACAACAUCAAACUAGAAGAAGAAAACAAAAAGAGAAACAGUGCUCGAAAGAUUCAAAUUGGAACUAAAGGAAGAUCGGAGAAGAUCAGAACAUACAACUUCCCCCAGGACCGGAUUACUGAUCACAGGAUAAGCAGAUCAGUGCAUCAUACUGAGUGCUUCAUGUUAGGGGAAGAAAUGCUAGAUGAAAUGAUAAAAACUCUGAAGGAAUACGCUGAUUAUGAAUCUUUAAUGGAAAUUAUUUCAGAACAUGAAAAAUGAAUCUUGCUCUUUGUCAAGCCAUGUCUGCAGGUAUAGAUACUCACCUGCAAAAGAACUUCUUGGAGCACCAUUCAGAGGACAGAACUGCUUUUCAAACAGUGAAAGCUGGUAUCUGCAGGACUGAUAAACAGUAUUCUUACUUGUUGAGUAAAACACCUUGUUGCUGCUGCAGUGCGCUUAAAGUAAAUUUGACUGGGCCAGAUGUAACUUCUCCACUGAGAAGAUACUGAUACACCACUCUGAAAAGGUAUGCAUUGAAAAUGAGCUAUUUCUAGUUCCAAGUCUUGUUCAAAUAGUAGUUUCAACAUCACCAGUGUCAAAUGGCUUAGUCAAGAUAACAAAAAAAAAUGGUAUUUUGUUUAGUAAUACAAAGAAAAUGAUAAAUGAACGCA